UAGCGAGCGACAUCAUCAACACACAAAGACCUCAUCACAUCUUUCCAGUUCACCGGCCGUUAUGGAGAUGAAGCCCGCCGCGCAGCCGGUCACCGGCGUCCCCGUCGGCGCGGCGCCCGCCGCCUGGUCCUCCGGCCUCUUCGACUGCUUCGACGACUGCGGCCUCUGCUGCGUGACCUACUGGUGCCCGUGCAUCACGUUCGGCAAGGUGGCGGAGAUCGUGGACAGGGGGUCGACGUCGUGCGGGACGAGCGGCGCGCUCUACGCGCUCCUGUGCUCGCUCACGGGAUGCCAGUGGAUCUAUUCCUGCACCUACCGCUCCAAGAUGCGCGCCCAGUACGCGCUCCCGGACGGGCCCUGCUGCGACUGCUGCGUCCACUUCUGCUGCGAGCCGUGCGCGCUCGUCCAGCAGUACAAGGAGCUCAAGGCCCGCGGCUACGACCCCGAGAUCGGCUGGCACCUCAACAUGGAGCGCCGCGCCGGCGCCGGCGCCGUCAACCCGCCCGGCGUUCAGGGGAUGGGCCGCUAGCUGGCUAGCUGGUCGAACUCAGCUGCUGCUUUACUAUUGCCGUUUGUGUCAUGCGUCGUUUAUGUUUCAUAAAUUACUAUUGCAUAUAUGGUACUAGUGUCCGUAGUAACUUGUCAAAAAAAGUAACCGUGGUAACUUGUGUGAGUACUCCCUCCGGUGCUUUUUACUCUGCACAUUAAAUUUGCCGAAAGUCAAACUUUGCUAAGUUUGACCAAAUUUAUAUUGAAAAUUAUUAGCAUCUAU